AUGAACGGUUCGACACACAGGGGUGGUAAAUGUACCGAUUUAGUGGAAGUGGUCAGUGGUGUGCGGGUGAGCGGUGUGUCUGCACCGGAGAACGUCCAGUGGUGCUGUGGGGCAGGAUUUUGUGGACGAUUAUGGGUUUGCCGGCGUGCAUGUGUGAUUACUUAUGUGGUAAUUCAUAAAUUGGAUCAGAUCUCAGAUGUGGAGCGGAGGAAAAUGGAGGAUAAACAAAAGGAGCUGUUGCAUCCAAAGAUGACUACUGUGCUCCAGCAACGACGACAGGCUAGUGCAACGAAAGAGAAACGUAAUGUUGAAAUGGUUGCAAAACCGAAAGCAAUCACUGGACUUAUCUAUUCGCUCACUUUGAACAUGAUACUUGUCUUUAUAUUAUGUGUAACAAUGCCUAAUCAAACAUCAACAUUUCUUCGAUUACUUCAUGGGUCGGUAUGUAUUUCUGCACUGAUUAUUUCACGAAUAUGUAAUAGUGUAUGGUUUUCUGAUAUUGCAAACGCUUCACUGAAAUACACGGGUGUACAUACUCCAAGCCUGUCCUUAAGUUUUGAGUACUUGUGGAUGUCGCUUGGAAUCGGCUUACGAGCACGUGUCAAUCUUAUUGAACGUAACUGGCCAUAUUUCUUGGGUUAUGGCACUGUGCUUACCCUUCUCACUAGUCUUACGGAUAAUAUGAUGUUCAAUGCAUUUUUGUUCGGUGCUUUAUUUCCAUUUUGCAUCGUUAGCAGUUUUCUGGCACAAGCAGAUAAUUAUAAGCAAAGAACACACCCUUAUGUCCAUAUAUUUGGUCCUUCAAUAGCAACUACAAAUUACAUGACAUCAAGCCUAUCUGAUUUAUUGAAAUCAGUUGGAUGUAAAAAUGCUGGACAAACAAAUGUUGUAAAGAAGAGGAGAAUGUCGCUUCGUGAUCAUCAUUCACAUUCACCAGUGCGACUUAGUACAAACUUUAGAAUCGAGCAAACUAGAACUAGAAAGAGCAAAAUGGUUGCAGUUGAAGCGGUUGCAGUGGGUCUUAAUGCUGGUUACAAGGUAACGAAAAAUCAACGAAAAGUACGCCAAAAUAGACGUAAAGGACGUAUAACCAAAAGAAGUAAAAUUGUUCGUGAACUGAUUCGUGAGGUGGCUGGGUUUGCACCUUAUGAAAGACGAACGAUGGAACUGCUGAGAAUCAGCAAAGACAAAAAGGCACUGAAGUUCUUGAAGAGGCGCAUUGGUUCGCAUGUUCGUGCCAAGAGAAAGCGUGAUGAGAUUCAGGCAAUCCUUACGAAUCUUCGUAAACAUCACAACAGAAAUUUUGCGCGGUCUGCGAUAUUAUGCUCACGUGGGAUGCAUCAGUUAAGAGCAUCACAACUGGAAACGAUAUCCAGAAACUUUGUGACCUCUCCGAUGUGUCAUUCAACAAGAACCAUAGAAGAUAUGGGACCAUUCACACCACCGAAAAAGCUUACUUUUGAAGAAGUUGAGGAACGAGUUAUGAAAGCAAUUCGUGCAUGGGAUCGAUUUCCAGAAGAAAAAAAGGAGACGCUGACAUUAGAUAGUGAUUUUACCAAAGAUAUGGGUUUCGAUUCCUUGGAUCACGUUGAAAUUGUCAUGUCACUGGAAGAUGAAUUCGGUUUUGAGAUACCGGAAUUGGAUAGUGAGAAGUUAAAAACACCUCGUGAUGUUUUCAAAUAUGUGUGUGAGCAUGAAGAUGUUUUUGAGUGA